UUUCUGACAUUUUCCUUUCGCACACCUAUUACUCUAAAAGUGUACACGUUUUUGCUGCAAAUUUCAAGAAAUCGAAGUUUGAGCUUUAAUUUAGUAAAAUUUCAUUAGAAAUAUCUAAAAUAUUAAGAACAUAUUACGAAAAUGGCGUUGACUUCACGUUUUUAUAGCGAAAAAUAUCCCGAAGUUGAAGAUGUUGUAAUGGUGAAUGUGUUAUCCAUAGCUGAAAUGGGUGCAUACGUCCAUCUGCUAGAGUACAACAACAUAGAAGGAAUGAUUCUGUUGUCAGAGUUGUCUCGUCGUCGUAUUCGUUCCAUUAAUAAAUUGAUUCGCGUUGGCAAAACCGAACCUGUUGUAGUGAUACGUGUAGACAAAGAGAAAGGUUACAUUGACUUGUCCAAGCGUCGUGUAUCAGCGGAGGAUGUUGAGAAGUGCUCUGAACGUUUCGCAAAAGCAAAGGCGGUGAAUUCUCUACUAAGACACGUAGCCGAUAUUCUUGAGUAUGACUCAAGUGAAAAAUUAGAAGAGCUGUACUUGAAAACGGCUUGGCAUUUUGAGAAAAAAUAUAAUAGCAAGACAGUUGCUUACGAUAUCUUCAAACAAUCCGUCACAGAUCCAUCUGUAUUCGAUGAGUGUGGUUUAGAUGAACACACCAAGGAAGUGCUCUUGAACAACAUUAAGCGUAAGCUGGUUUCACCAACUGUGAAAAUCCGUGCUGAUAUUGAAUGCUCAUGCUAUGGCUAUGAGGGUAUAGAUGCAGUUAAAGCUGCAUUAAAGACAGGUCUGGAUUUGAGUACAGAAGAAUUACCUGUACGCAUCAACUUGAUUGCGCCUCCUUUGUAUGUAAUGACAACGUCUACAACUAAAAAAGCCGAAGGAUUGAAAGCGCUUGAGACAGCAAUCGAAAAUAUACGCAAUAAGAUAAUUGAAUCGGAAGGCGAAUUCAAAGUAAUAAUGCCACCAAAACUUGUUACGGCUAUUGAUGAAGCUGAUUUGGCUCGUCGGCUGGAGCGGGCAGAAGCUGAGAAUCAAGAAGUGGGUGGAGACGAUGAUGAAGAUGCGGAUGGUGACCAAGAAGGCAUGCAAUUCGAUCCAGAAAAGGAAUUCAAUCACAGAGGUGAUCGUGCCGUUGCUCAGAAUGAUAACGAAGAAGAAGAUGAUGAUGAAGAGUAGAAAGAGAUACACGUAUAGUUAUUUCCAGCGUUUAGACACCACUUGGUCUAUUUACAAGUUUGUCGCAAGCAGUAAACAAACAAAAACCAUCAUUCUUUUACAACCGAAAAGGCAAUUUUGAUAAAAUAUAGUUUAUGUAAUUACUAAAGCGUUUAAAGAAUAUGGCACAAUAUUUUUUAAAUAAAUUACUCAAGAACAAAUAAA